UUCCUGGUGUCUUUACUUGCACAACAAGCUCUCAAGAUGAAGUUUUCUGUGUGCCUUGUGAUUCUGAUCUCAAAUGCUGCAGCAAUUCAAGAUCUUUCGGGUAAAAUGUUUACGUUUCCUCAACAAACUAACUCUGCUCAUGUGAGGCUGCGUACAUCCAAAAACAGCUUCAGUGCUCUGACCGUCUGCCACAGAUCAUUCACGGACCUUAAUCGGGACCACAGCCUCUUCUCGUUGGCUCUGCCCUCUAGUAACAAUGAAUUCCUGGUGUUUUACACACAUGACCUCAAUGAAAUGAGGCCCCAUGUGAAGACUGGUAGACUCGAGUACAAAGGCGUAGACUACAAACCCAACCAGUGGCACUCCAUCUGCACCACCUGGGAGUCCAGCACUGGACUGGUGCAGCUCUGGUUCAACGGACAGCCCCUCAGCCGCAAAUAUAUCUCAGGAGGACAAGCUGCUAUGUCUGGAUCCCCAAUCAUCAUUUUAGGACAGGAGCAGGAUACCUAUGGAGGAGGCUUUGACAUAAAACAGAGUUUUAUGGGGAUGAUGACUGAUGUGCACAUGUGGGACUAUGUGCUCUCGUCCUGUGAGAUCCAGAAGUAUAUGUCCGAGCUCAGCUUCACUCCAGGGAACGUUCUCAACUGGGCAGCUCUGGACUUCCAGAUCAACGGCCGAGUGCUGAUCGAGAACAAACAAAUGCACUGUCAGUAAAC